AUGCUCGAUACGCUGCCGGAGGACGAGCUCGAGAGGCUCCACGAGAUCUUGGAGAAAAACGGCGUUGGAAAGCUAGUCCAUAAGCCGCAGUUUGGCGAUCUCAGCGUUAAGGUCUUUAAGGUUCCCCUAUGGUACAAAGACGCGCUGUUUAAGGCGAAUUGUAUCUUUGUUAACGCGCCCGUGACCUCGGAAUCGCUCACGCAUGCGCAAGUGAAUCGGUUUUACUAUGAAAAGAUGGGCACACUAACCACUAGUAGACGUCUGUAUGAGUUGAUUAGCGGUGGGUUGGAGCGGGAGGAGGAUCACUUGACUAUAGAGGACCUGAAGGAGAUGGUGAAAUGCUUGAUUUCCUCCCAUCCAAGCUUAGAGUUCCUCCAACAGCCUGAAUUCCAGGAGUACUAUUGUCGUACUGUCGCCAUUCGCAUCAUGUACGCCCUUGAGCGGCAGCAGUGCCGGAAGGUUUACUGGAGAGAUUUCGACCGAAGCGACCUUCCAGAGGUGAUGAUGAAACUAGAUAGCAAAGAUGUCAACCAAGUUUUAGAAUACUUUUCUUACGAACAUUUUUAUGUUUUGUAUUGUAAGUUUUGGGAGCUCGAUACCGAUCGUGAUUUAUUUAUUGACUACAGCGAUCUCUGUAACUACAGCCAAGGGUCCAUCGUGCCGACUGUCAUUAUGCGAGUGGUAGAGGGCUAUGGACGUCCACUAACUUCGACCGUACCAGGUCAUUUGGAUUUUGAAGAUUUUGUCUACUUUUGCUUAUCCGAGGAGGACAAAAACUCAGAACCUGCGGUUUACUACUGGUUCAAAAUCCUAGACGUGGAUGGUGAUGGCAUCCUUAGCGGACACGAGCUUUGUCAGUUUUACAAGGAGAACCAACAGCGCUUUUUAGAAUAUUCCGAAUCCCCGGACGGCGAUAUCGCGUACGAGGAUUCUAUGUGUCAAAUGUUGGAUAUGCUAGGAUUUGACCGUGUUAAAUCGCGGCGAUACGGCCUUACUUUAGGGGACCUGCGAGCCUGCCCAACGCCGUCAAACUUCUUUAAUAUGAUCUUUAACGCCCCGAAGUUUUUGUUGUUCGAACAUCGCGAUCCCUUCGCGGAGCAUCAGCAAAAGCUGAAAGUAGAAAAGACCGAUUGGGAUCGUUUUGCAAGAGCAGAAUACGAUCGUAUGGCGGCGGAGGCACAGUAA